UUAGAAACUAAUUCAAGAUAAGACUAAAGAAGGACUAGUUGAGUAAACAUGGUUAGGGCACCAUACUUCGACAAAAACGGAUUGAAAAAAGGAGCAUGGAGCGAUAAUGAAGAUCAGAAGCUGAGAGCGUAUAUCGAGAAAUACGGUCAUUCAAACUGGCGCAAGCUCCCCAAGUUAGCUGGGUUAUCAAGAUGUGGAAAGAGUUGCAGGCUUAGAUGGGUUAAUUAUCUUCAUCCAAAUAUAAAUCGUGGAAGUUACACAGAUGAAGAAGAAGAUCUCAUUAUCAGCUUACACCACAGUAUUGGUAACAAAUGGUCGAAAAUCGCUGCAAAAUUACCAGGAAGAAGUGAUAAUGACAUAAAGAACCAUUGGCACACUCAUUUGCGUAAACGUGUUAAUCAAAAGACUACUGUGUCAUACUCGGGAAAAGAAAUGGUCCAGAAUCCUUUGUGCAGUAAAGAAAAAGGUGUUGUAAAAGUUUCUGAUUUGAAAGAUAGAGACGAAUUUGAAUUAUUAUUGUCAGUGUUAUCUGCGGAAUCAUCAUCUCAUGUAAACAAAGAACAAUCGUCACCAUCAUCUUCAAGCAGCUUGGAUCAUGUGGCUUCGAAUGGAUACUCGUCACAACCGUUAAGUGAAGAACCAGUUGAGGAUUUCUGGAGAAUGGGUGGUGAUUUUUUUAUGGAAGCUAUAGAUCUGAUGAACCACCAUAACCAGUGGCGGACCUAUGACGAUUUUUCAACUUCUGGUGAUCAUGAUAUUAUUAUGAUUGAUGACUGUUUAUGGUCAGCAAAUGGAGUUCUAUGGUCAUGAUAACCAUGUAAUGAGAUAAAUUUAGUGAAGUAUGUGAUAUAUUUAUGGAAGUUUUGAGCUCAGUAGUCAGUAAUUAACAUAUGUGAUAUAUUUAGAUCCAAACCUGAUAUUGUGAUCCUCCAUAAAUGCCCAUACAUGACUACAUGAGUAAACGGCGUAAUUGGGUGUUAAGUCGUUUGAUAUUUUGUCGCCA